GAGGCAUCAUCGCCAACAGCUUUAUUCCCGCGCAACCAUCACCACCAAUCAACCUGCAUGCCAGCCAAAUCCUUCGUGCGCGUCCCAUCUGUGAUCUGUGAAGUGCCCCCAAUAUUUUGCUCGUAACCUCUUGUUCCACUUAAUCUCUCCGAUCGGUUCUUGCAUUGCGCGUUCGCUUUGCCAGUUUGCCGCAUGCACGAACUCGUCGCGUUGUUCGCCUAGCUAGCUGUCGCGAGUUGAGCCAGCCAGCUGCGAUGAGGGUCAUGGUGCGGACGCUGCGGGGGGAGCGCGUGGCGCUGGACGUCGACGGCACCACGACGGUGGCGCAGGUCAAGAGCAUGGUCAUGGCCCGGGAGCGUGUCCCGGUGGACAUGCAGCGGCUCUUCUUCGCCGGCCGGCACCUCGACGACGACGGCCUGCCGAUCGCGCACUACGGCGUGCAGCACGACUCCGUCGUCUUCCUCAGCCUCCGCCUCCGCGCCGAUGACACUGACUCGCAGCAGGAGAUGCGUAACGUGCAGAUGCAGCCAGAACCGGUGACCGUGAAGCAAGAGUUGCAUCAACAGCAGCAGCUGAUGCUUCUCGAUGACCAUGACCACGAGGCAGCCGCGGCGAACGACGGCGAGGAGAUCAUCAAGAGGAAGCCUGUGUCGCGGCGCUCGCUCCGCAAGAUCCUCUCCCGGCUGCACGUGGACGUGUGGACGAGCCAGCACGACGCCAAGUUCCUCGAUCUGCUGCUGCGGCACACGCGCAACGGCGAGCGCAACGUGGGCGACCUGACAGUCCAGGACUGGUCGGACAUCCGCGCCGAGCUGAACGCGGCCACGAGGUCCGCGUUCCCCGUCCAGGAGCUGCAGCGGCGGCUGGACGAGUUCCGGCGCGAGUUCGAGGCCGUGAGCCGGAUCAAGAACCACCACCAGUUCAGCUACGACGCGCGCCGUCGGGUCGUAGUUGCCAACGAGGACGACUGGAAGCGCUACAUACUGGAAAAUCCGGAGGCGGUGGCGUACGAGGGGAAAAGCCCGCACUUCGGUCGCCUCCAGACGAUUUUCUCCGGCGCCGAGACGCGCGGGCGCGGCGGCGCCAAGUGCCGCGAGUCACGGGCGAAGAGAUACCUGAACAAAUUGCUGCGCAACUUUGGGCUGCGAUGUCAGUUCUGAUUUCUAAAUCAUGACACCUUGUAUUAUAUCCAGAGGAUAGAUAUGCCAAGAGCAGUGAGAUACCUGAACAAAGCUUCCCGUUUCUCUUCUCUCCUUGUAUACUGUUUCAAUGAUCUUCUCUCUUCGUUCAUCGGAUGUUCACUUUUAUUUUUUCGAG